AUGGUUGCCAAUAUUAAGCCAGGAUCUAUGCAUCAACGGUACUAUGGUGUGUCACAACAGGCUUAUAAUCCUCAGGCUGAUCAUUUACAUACCAAUUUAAGUCAUUCUCCAAGCUUUAGUGUUCCUAGCCAACAAUUAUUUGUUAAUAGUCAAGCACACUUUGCUUCGAUUGGUUUAGAACAUGUUGCUCAGUUUUCUCCUUCCACAUCAGUACAUGGAGUUCCUGGCAACUACAUUAGUACUUCAGCACAUCAAACUCAACAUACUUCUCCAACUGCCCUUGCUACUACUUAUUCUCCAGUCGAUCUUGUAUGGUACAUGGAUUCAGGUGCAACAGACCAUGUUGCUUUUGAGUUGAAUCAGUUGAAUAUCAGCAAGGUCUUUGAUGGAACAGAGAAACUUCAGAGCAAUAAAAAUGAAAUAUGUUUGCCUGAUUUUUCUAAUGUUGAUACUAUUACUAUUGCUCCCAAUGUGUGCUGUAAUUCUUCACAAAAUAAUGCUUCACAUAGUACUUCACAUUUGUCUAAAUCUGGUGUGUCUAAAUCAAAAGGGUAUAGUCUAUCACCUAACACUACAUCAACAUAUCAGUCUUCUACAUUUUCUCCCUAUGUUGUUAUUUCUCACAGUCCCUCCUCAAGUGGUCUUGUCCCCUCUACAGUUUCUAAUUCUCAGCUCAGGUUUUCACCUAACAUCACAAUAGUUGGUAAGCACGUUUCAAGUCCAUUAUUAUCCCAAACAACAUCUACUUCAUCAGCACCUAUUUCACCAUCAAUGUCACCCAAUCAUCACAUCAUAAGCUCACCACCAUGUUCUAAUUCAUCAUCUUCAGAUCAGCCUCAAUCAAUCUUUUCUACCUCCUCUUCAUCCUCAGAUUUUCAAACAGUAUCCUUUGAUCCAUCUUUACCCAUUAAAUCUCAGCAUGUGUUCUCCUUUCCUAUCUUACCUCCAAAUUACAUUCCACCAAAUUAUUCAUUAAAAUUUGAUCUCAAAAUUCCCUCAUCCUCUUAUGUCUUGUCAUCACAACCAUUACAAUCUACUCUAUCCUCACAUUCUAUUAAUCCUUUAGCAAGAUCUUCACAAAGUUGCUCUCUUGCGGACGCUCUUCACUACUCUAGGCCUCAUGAUGGUUCAACUUUCCAGGUACCUUCUGUCACAAAUGUUCAUCCAAUGGUGACAAAACCUAAAUCAACUGCAUAUAUCCCUGCUAAUACUACAAAGGCUACAGAUUCUACUAAUGAUACUAACACAACAGCUCCUUUCAAUGCUUUUACUAAAUAUGCAAUCUCUACUGAUGCUCAUAAUUCUGAAGCUCCUAAAGUUAUAUUCACAGCAAGUUAG